GAGUCGCCGCCGAGCGAUGCCCGCCUCCCCGCCGGUCGCCGCUUCCCGGGGAGCGCUGGGCAGCGGCAUGACGGGGCGAGCUGAACAUUUCUAGCCGGGGCGGGGGGGGAAGCGGGGAGCGCGGCCGUCCUGUGCGAUGAACGGCGUUGCUGUAAGGAGCCGCGGGGUGACGACGGGGCAGGUACUGAGCCUCUUGCUUUUGUUCGGCGUUUCCGACUGGGUUUCCGCCGCGAUUCGCUAUGCGAUCCCCGAGGAGGCGCGGAGAGGCUCCACGGUGGGGAACGUGGUAGCCGACCUGGCGCUGGACCUCGGGCGGCUGCCGGGUCGCCGGUUGCGGGUGGUGUCCGGCGGCACCAAGAAGUACUUCGGGGUGGACUUGGCGAGCGGCGCACUGCUGGUGAGCGAGCGGAUAGACCGGGAGGAGCUCUGCGGCGCGCUCUCUCCCUGCUCCCUCAGCUUUGAGAUCGUGGUGGAAAACCCUCUAGAGCUGUACAGCGGCACCGUGGAGAUCCAGGACAUUAACGACAACGACCCGGUUUUUCCCAGCAGCCAGGCGAGGCUGGAAAUCAGCGAGUCGGUGGUGGCCGGAGCGCGCUUCCCGCUAGAGAGCGCGCAAGACCCCGAUGUGGGGAUUAACUCUUUGCAGACCUACCAGCUCAGUGCCAACCCGCACUUUGCACUCGACGUGCAGACGAGGGUGGAUGGCAGCAAGUACGCGGAGCUGGUGCUAGAGAAGGAGCUGGACAGGGAGGAGCAACGGGAGCUGCACUUGGUCUUGACUGCGCUGGAUGGAGGCAGCCCGCCACGGUCAGCCCAUGUGCAGAUCCACAUUGAUGUUGUGGACGCCAACGAUAAUGCCCCAGUCUUCAACCAGUCCACAUACAAGGCAAGUGUGAGGGAGAACACGCCCAGCGGUACCCUGGUCGCCAGGAUCAGUGCGUACGACCUGGAUGAUGGGCCCAAUGGAGACAUUGUCUAUUCCUUCAGCAGUCACACUCCCGCCAAAGUGCGAGAACUCUUUGCUCUGGACUCGGUCACAGGGGAGUUGAGGGUCAAAGGACAGCUGGACUAUGAGGAAACAAAGCUGUAUGAGAUUUACUUACAGGCUAAAGACAAGGGCGCUGUUCCUGGUGUAGCUCAUUGCAAAGUGCUGGUGGAAGUCAUGGAUGUGAACGACAACACUCCAGAAGUGACAGUGACUUCUGUGUACAGCCCUGUGCCUGAAGAUGCAGCCCCAGGGACAGUCGUAGCUCUGCUGAGUGUAACAGACUUGGACUCCCAUGACAACGGUCUGGUGAACUGCCUCAUUUCCCCUGGGAUCCCAUUCAUGCUCAGCUCCUCCCUCAAAAAUUACUACACGUUGAAAACAAAAGCAGCUUUGGACCGGGAAAAGGCAUCAGAGUAUAACAUCACUAUCACAGCCAGGGACUCGGGCUCACCACCCUUGUCUGCAGUAAAACAGAUCCUGGUGCAGGUGUCAGAUGUCAACGACAAUGCACCCAAGUCUUCCCAGGACUCCUAUGAUGUGUAUGUGCUGGAGAACAACAUGCCUGGCAUCCCUGUCCUUAAUGUGAGCGCCACAGACCCAGACCUUGGGCGCAAUGCCCAUCUCUCCUAUACCCUCUUGCAGGGUGACACCACUGUAGGCCACCUCUUCUCCAUCAACCGGGACAAUGGCACCCUCUACCUGCUCACCUCCCUGGACCACGAGGACCAGGUGGAGUUCAACAUGAUGGUGCAGGUCCAGGAUGGUGGCUCUCCGCCUCUGGUCACCAAUGUCUCAGUCAGUGUGUUUGUCACUGACCUCAAUGACAAUGCCCCAACUGUGCUGUACCCUCUCCCUAACACCACUGCCACCUAUACCGAUGUGGUGGCACCAGGCACUCCUGCUGGGCACAUGGUCACCAAGGUAGUGGCAGUGGACGCGGAUGCAGGGUACAAUGCCUGGAUCUCCUAUACCCUGUUGCAGGCUACUGACCCCAGCCUCUUCUUAGUUGGGCUGCACAGCGGGGAGAUCUUCACGGCUCGCCAGCUCCGGGAGGAUGAUGCUCCCCAGCAUGCAUUAGUCAUCCUGCUGAAAGACCAUGGGGAGCCUGUUCUGUCUGCCACUGCCACUGUCUCCAUCUCUGUGGCCGAGAUGGUCAAGGAGGUGUUCACUGACCUCUCUGAUGUGGCACCUGCCAAUGACCCCAGGAGGCAUGUGACUUUCUAUCUCAUCCUGGCUGUGAUUUUGGUGUCAGGAGCUUUCUUCAUCACCAUGUUGUCAGUGGGCAUCUUCAAGUGCUACAAAUGGAGGCAGUCAAAGGAGCUGUUCAACAGCUCCAGGAACACCCUGUACAGGACACCAGGGCCCUUCCACCACAUUGAUGCUGUGCGGGGCGGCUUCACGCCACCCAACUUCUACCACCAGGUCUAUCUUACCACAGACUCUCGCCAGAGUGAUCUCCUGUGUAAAAAGCCCUUCACUUCCAGCCCUCUGGGCAGUCGACAGAGCACCAUGAGGAGUGGUGAGCCAGGGCUGUACCACCAGAUUGUGGGCACCGCCAGCCGGCUCCCCACACCUGCCGAGCAAGCUCAGCCUAACACAGACUGGCGUUUCUCUCAGACCCAGAGACCUGGAACAAGUGGCUCCCAAAAUGGAGAGGAAGGUGGAGCCUGGCCGAACAACCAGUUUGACACGGAGAUGCUCCAAGCCAUGAUCCUGGCUUCAGCAAAUGAAGCUGCUGAUGGCAACUCAACCCUGGGUGGCGGGACAGGCACCAUGGGGCUGAGCGCCCGCUAUGGCCCCCAGUUCACCCUGCAGCACGUCCCCGAUUACCGGCAGAAUGUCUACAUCCCGGGCAGCACAGCCACCCUCACCAACGCCGCUGGCAAGCGCGAUGCCAAGAAUUCUGGCUCCUCAGGAGGCAACAAGAAGAAAUCCGGGAAGAAGGAAAAGAAGUAGAGAAGAAAAAGGAGACCUUAGAGCUACAGGGCAGCCGGCUCCAGCACUCCCCCAAACCACAGCCCAGGCUGGAGGAUGAAUGUGAAUUAUUUGUGAUACAAAAAGUAGGAAAUGCUGCGAAUGUAUCUCAUCAUCAUCAGAGCUAGGAGCAGGGUCUCGCUGCUGUUAGAUCUCGUGAUGAAAAUGAAUCCGGAAGCUAAACUGAAUGCAAACAAGUGCCCUGUGAAUACUUGCUAAUGUUUUAUACAAUCCCUUGGGUAUUAGAAUAUGCAAGGGCAGAAGGUCUUCUGCCAAGUCUUUGGAUCCGAUUUUCUCCCAGGUAGUCUGAGAAAAGCACAAGGCUUGUGCUUGGCUUUGCCCUGUGUAAAUAAUUUAAAUGUGGAACUUUUAAUUUAUAGACCUUUGAUCAUUUUUUGGAAAGGAAAAUGAAGUUCCUAGCUUAGAGCCCAUGCUCCAAAUCUUUGCUCUUAAACUUUCCAUUAGUAAAAUUCACCCCCAGUUAAUGAUAGUGAUGGAUUUAUUGCUGAGAAGUUGGUAGGGAGUGCUUCAGUUCCUGCUUACCUGUUACCCGGAAGAAAAAUACUUAAGUGUUUAUAUUGCAUGAGUCAAAGGGAAUAUGGCAAAGCUGCAUCCUAAACAUUUUUUUUUAAGUGCAACCACUGAUGGCCUGAAAUAUGAGACAAAAAAAGCGCCAACCUCCUGAUGUCUGAGAGAUACAGAAUUCAAUAAAAGGAGCAUGCCGAGGCGUGCGGCAGCUGCCCCAGCAGUUCUAGGGGUCUCCCAAGAGCAGACACAUCUCAUUCCUUCUUUGCAGUAAAUAUUUAUAUGUACAGUCAAUGUUCUUCUGGAAUUAAAGCUAAGAGAGUCUCACUCCCCUGCGUCCAGUCAGCUGUCUGGCCAAGUCCCUGCCAAGGGGACCAGGGGAUGAUGCUUCACGUUUCUGCACACCGUGUCUGCAUGCACAUCCUUCACCUUGCACCUUCACUAGCACAGUUAGCUCCACGGACCCAGAGAAGUCCUCGCAUGCCUACACAGCAUGGUGGGAAUGCGCCAGCAGCUACCCGAGCCGCCGCGCUGGGGCUGCUUUUGGCAGGGGGGAGGGAUUGGUCAAGCAGGAUGGGGAAACUCAUUGCUUCUUAUUUGUGGUGUAGACCCAAGUAAGGCCCAAAAGGUUGAGAUUUGUGGUGCUGCUGGUGCAUGGCUUUGGUGCAGAGUUGGUGACUGAGUAAGUGACACUUGGGUUGGUGGUGUUUGGGGACCAGACCUGGAGAAGGCACUUGAGAGCUGGAAUUGAGCAUGGGGUGAUGCUGCAAAGCCAGAGAGCCCAGGCAUCAGAGAGGCCCUUGUAUGGGACCAUGCUGGGCCAGCCUGGAGGAAGUGAUGCUCCCAUUGGCUUUGGGCUUUCCACCCCGCAGAGGGAAUCAAAGGAUGAGGAAUAGAGUUUCUCCACAUGCCCAUCACCCUUGCACCAGGCCAGCUUCCCAUAUCAAAGCAGCACAAAGCCCCCAGGGAGGCAGAGGGGCGCUUUGUGCAGCCAGAGUGAGGAGAGGGGCUGCGGGGUGGCCAAGAAGGGGCCACACCAGGUUUCCCAGGGAGUGUGUGUUGUUUUUUUCCCUUUUUAAUCACUAACAUGUAACUCACCCGAGCAGAUCCAGCCCUCUCAGCCAAGAUCUGUCAUGGGAACAGUCACCCCGCCACCACCCCCUCCCCAACCCCAGGGCAGCAGGAGCAUCCGCCGUGUUUAAUCUGGAUCUGGCCACCUCCGGCGCUGGCUGCACUGGGAGCAGUUCCCACCCUGUCCCCCGCAGCUGCCACCUGCCCCCCUCUAGAAAUGCUGUAGCUGAAUUGUAGUCUUUAUAUUUCUUUUAAAUCUGCAAUCUGAGGUAGCAUAGUGAGUGUUGUGUAUUUAGUGGCGUGUUAUUUUUAAUCUUGGUGACUAACUUGUGAACACCAGUAUUUUCAAUUUUCUCUGUAUCUUAUUUCCAUGUGGUCUGUGCUCUGAGUGUACGUGAAAUGAAACACGUUUGCCCUUUCAAUGUGUCUAAUAUUGAAUUAUACUUAUAUAUUAUAUAUAUGCUUAUAUCCUUCUUAUACCCAUAUAGACCAAUGUCAAUGUGUUACACGCAAGUUUUAUACUCUAAUAUUUAUAUUGCUUUUUUUCUUUGGGGAAAAAAAAUAAUAAAAUGGUUUCUUCUGAAUAAA